CGUCUCGCGCGCUGCUGCCACCGCGAUGGGGAAUUAACUAAAGUUGUCCGCGAGCAUCGGGAGAUGUGAAGGAUGUAAUCUGAGGGAAAAGCGGAUCGUGUUUCAGUCAUGCAGGAGCAGAUGAAGAUGAAGAUCCCACAGGACCUGCUAUCAAUCGCUCUUUUCUAAACCAUUUCCACCGAGACGCUUGAGGAUGAAAUCGGAGUGAGUCCGGAUCCAUGUCAUGAUGGACGUGUUCAGUUUCGUGAGGAGCCCCAGGACCAAAGCCUCGAGCUGUGCGUCGGGCCCCGGCAGCUGGGCCGCUCAGGGGCCUCAGGGGCCCAAUGGCUGGGAGAUGGCGUCCGCUAGAGAGGCCCGAGACUGCUACAGCAAUCAUCUCUCCCAGUCCAGCUCUCUGGAGGAGGUUCGUGUUGAUGUGGAGAAGUUUGUGCCUCCAGCACCCAGAAAGGUUGAAAUGAGACGCGACCCGGUUCUCGGCUUCGGCUUCGUGGCGGGCAGCGAGAAACCAGUGGUGGUUCGAUCCGUUACUCCAGGAGGUCCUUCAGAAGGGAGGCUGAUCCCAGGAGACGAGAUCGUGAUGAUAAAUGAUGAAGCCGUGAGUUCGGCUCCGAGGGAACGGGUCAUUGAUCUGGUCAGGAGUUGUAAGGAGUCGAUCAUCCUGACGGUGGUUCAGCCGUACCCUUCGCCCAAAUCUGCCUUCAUCAGUGCGGCUAAAAAGGCCAAGCUGAAAUCCAACCCGGUCAAAGUGCGCUUUGCUGAAGAAGUCAUUAUUAACGGACAAGUACCGGAAUCGGUGAAGGAUAAUUCCCUGCUCUUCAUGCCAAACGUGCUGAAGGUGUAUCUGGAAAACGGACAAACGAAAUCCUUCAAGUUUGACUGCAACACCUCCAUUAAGGAUGUUAUUCUGACGCUGCAAGAGAAGCUGUCGAUUAAAAGCAUCGAGCACUUCUCUCUGAUGCUGGAGCACAAGAUGGACGGAUCUGCAACCAAGCUGAUGCUUCUUCACGAGCAGGAGAUGCUGAUGCAGGUCACUCAGAGACCAGGAUCACACAAGAUGAAAUGUUUUUUCCGCAUCAGUUUUCUUCCGAAAGACCCGGUGGAUCUUCUGAGGAGAGACGCCGUCGCCUUCGAUUACCUCUACGUCCAGAGCUGUAAGGACGUGGUUCAGGAACGCUUCGGCUCCGAGCUCAAAUACGACACGGCUCUUCGUCUGGCGGCUCUUCAGAUGUACAUCCUCACGCUCAGCACCAAGCAAACGCAGAAAGUGUCUCUCAAGUACAUCGAGAAGGAAUGGGGUUUGGCCCAGUUUCUGCCUCCAGCGGUUCUGUCCAGCAUGAAGGAGAAGAACAUCAAGAAAGCUCUCACGCACAUUCUCAAAACCAACCAGAACCUGGUGCCUCCUGGGAAGAAGCUGACGGCGUUGCAGGCGAAGGUCCACUACCUGAAGUACCUGAGCGAUCUGCGGCUGUACGGAGGACGAGUGUUCAAAUCCACGCUGGUCCAAGGAGAGAAACACACGGAGGUGACGCUGCUCGUGGGCCCGAGGUACGGCAUCAGUCAUGUGAUCAACACCAAGACCAAUCUGGUGGCUCUGCUGGCCGACUUCAGCCACGUCAACCGCAUCGAGAUGUUCACCGAGGACGAGCGGAACGUGCGCGUCGAGCUCCACGUCUUGGAUGUUAAGCCCAUCACACUUAUAAUGGAGUCGAGUGAUGCGAUGAACCUGGCGUGUCUGACGGCCGGCUACUACAGACUGCUGGUCGAUUCACGGAGGUCCAUCUUCAACAUGGCGAACAACAGUACCGCUGCGGGACAUGACUCAAGGAUCAAGCACAACUACCAGGCAAUCGACUGGAAUUACGUUCCCUGUGGUGAAUACGAUGACCCCCACCCCGAAUACCCCGUCUGUGGGCGAAGAGAGUGUGAUAUUGCCCCCACCGUCUCUGAAAUCCACCAGUCGCAUCGCAUGCACAUGGAGGAGAAGGCGGAGAGGGCGAGCCGAGGAAGCCACAUGCAUCCACAGCCCUACUUCAGUGUCCCCAAAGGCAAACCUCAAGAAUCGCCCAGAAGCGCCAAGGUGUCCUUCAUAUUUGGCGAGCCACCGCUGGAGUGCGUGAACCCGCAGAACUUGGGAUACCAAAGACUGAUGGAGGACAUCCCAGAAGUGCUGGAGGAACACCGGUACAUGUACGCGCAGCAGAAAGACUACAAGCCUCUGGAGGCAUCGAUGGAGGUCGACGGCUUCCAGUACGGCUCCCACAUGGUCUACGGAGACGCCAAGAUCUUCGGUACAACGGAAGGCAUCGAGGAGCCUCUGCUGCGCGACAUCUGCUACGCCGAGACUACGGAUGACGCCGAAGACGAGGACGACAUCAGCUGCGAGGAGGACAUGAUGAUGAUGAUGAUGAUGGGGGAGAUGAAGGACAAAGCUCACUCUCUCCUGUCGCUCUCGGAGUCCAGCGACGACAUAAUCGACCUCACCUCGCUCCCUCCGCCUCCUGAAGGGGGCGACGAGGAGGACAACGACGACCUGCUGCAGUCGCUGAACUUGGCGAUCGCCGCUCCGCCGCCCGGCUUCAGGGACAGCUCGGACGAAGACGACCACCAAGACCGUAAAAGCGUGGCUUUGCUAAAAAAUGACAUCCCCGUGUCGCUGAUCGACUCGGUGCCAACGGUGGCAGGCGGGAGCGAGGAGGUGUUCAACGACGCUGUCGUCACCACACUACAAGCACUCGAGGCCUUGGCCGCCUCUGAGGAACACUCUCACCCACAAUCGGACAAUAGUUCAGGUGUAGAAAUAUCUCGGUCCUUUAGCCCCGAGUCCUCUUCUGAUUCUGGGAAUGAGACAAAUUCCUCCGAAAUGACGGAGAGCUCAGAGCUGGCCGCGGCUCAGAAACUCUCCGAAAACUCUCUGAAAAUGUUGGUAGCCACUGCGGAAGGCUACCAAACUCUAGCCGAAGAGGAGACCGAGUUUCGAUUGGCGCCGUGUAGCAUCCGAUCGUCCCUAGAUGAUCCCCAGUCCUCCGCGGUCGCCACUCUUCGCUCGGAUCACUUCGAGAUGGAACCGGAAACGAUGGAAACCAAGUCGUUGACGGACUACUUCAACAAAAUGCACAGGGAUGUGAUGAUGGGAAUGCCGAAGAUCGAGGAGCAAGAUGGUGGGGGGAAAUCGAGCGCUGAUGCAGAAGCCCGUCAGAUGAAUAUCGCAGAAUCAGAAGAUCUUGUCGGGAUGUACAACAACUUCAAUGGACGAGAUUCCCAGCGUUCGAGUCCCUUUGACAGGGAGAGGAUGUCUUAUGCAUUUCACGAAAGCAAUCAAAGAUUGCAUAUGCUUCUGAAUAAUAAAUCCGAAGAGCACAUUUACUCCGAAGUGGCUGGCGAUAGCGGUCCAUUGCACGCAGACAGGGUAACGCAAAAAGCCACUUUGGAGGACUCAACAGACUUGAACACAAGUUCCCCCGCCAAAGAACAAUAUCUGAUCGAGCGAUCCCGGAACGAACCCCAACCGAGCAAGCCGGCUUCCUCCGAACAAGAAGUGACGCGGUUGUACGAGUACCACUUGUCCAAAAGGAUGUCGUCUUUACAGAGCGAGGGGAAUCAUUCCCUGCAGAGUUCCCAGUGUUCGUCCAUCGACGCCGGCUGCAGUACGGGGAGCAGUACGCCGAUGGACUCUCCUCUGUGCACGGUAGAUAGCGUCCAUCUGCACGCCGAGUCCUCUCUGAAAGGUCAGAGCGUAGAUGGAACGUUUUUGCGGAAACACCACGGACAAGCUGGCUCUGAGUCGGGCCGGGAGGGAUGCCAAAGGUUGCCCAAGAUCAGGGAAACUACAGGUACUUGCAUUUACAUUCAGAGUUAUGCAUUUGGCAGAAGCGAGUUACGUUUCGUUCAAGGUACACAUUUUAUCAAUUCUUGUUUUUCCUGGGAAUCGAACCCAUGAUUAUUGGU